UCUCAAAGUUGGUUUUUAAUGUACGAAUUUUCUCACAGUUGGUUUUUAACGAUCGAUUUUUAUUAGUGCGCUCGAAUUAUGCUAGCUUUCACUAUGACAACGCCCACAUAACUACUCAAAUUAAAUUGACACCACUGCCGAGACCAACUUGCACACGACUUGUUUAAUUUUCACAUUUCAGAUGAUCUGGUGUACGUUGUUAACUGGGGCGUUAGUUUACAAAUCAGUCAGUCGUCUCCCUGCUACUGGACAAUGAACAUUGAUUUGUAAAAUUUAAGUGAAAUAAGAGAAACGAAAAACAAAAUACUGUCGCCGAGAAGACUGAAUAGUAUUUAAUUUGAGAUGGUAUCGAAAGGGGUAAUGUUGUUGUCUUGUCAUGGGAUUGUGUGGGUUGGGGCCCUUGCUUUCGCGCUAUGGGCGGGCGCUGUCAAAGCAGCGCGCUACGACACCGCUACACCGUACACUCCGCCUUACAAUCGCAAAUAUAUUCCUUUGCAUCCUAACGAUGAUCCCUAUGAGAAUAAUGAAGCAGUUGCUGCCUCCGAGGAUUCAGUUUCCGGUGGAUCUAGUAUAGCGCCCUCUCAAUAUAUUUUGGCAGCACUGAAAACUAUUUUAGAGGUCGUGAACAAAAUGAAUAAGCAACGUGCAAUGACCAAGGCAAUUUCACCCGCUGCAAACUCAACUGCUGUUGUUUUGAAAAGGAGAAAGCCUUCGAACAAUACUUUAGUUGAAACCGGACGAGGACUCGAAGACUAUUAUGAUGAGCACCACUAUCACGACCACGACCCGACCACAACGACUGCAAAGCCGAUGAAGCAAGGCAGGUAUACCGACCCAUGGGCUGGCUACUACGAUUGGAUAAUCAACGAAGGCUCCUUCAAGUUCUGGAGCGUGUUUCAAUUAUUUACAGCUGCUCUUCUGCUGUACGCUUGCCUCUCUGCAAUCUAUUACGCGAAAUUCAAUCCUAUUCUCCCGGACUACAGCAUGGAAUAUGACGACUACUUUUUAGAGCGAACGGUAGGGAGAAAAGCCAGGAGCUUAGAACCCGCCGAAUUACCAUCUGGUCUAUCCUGGAUUAACCCACAGACCUUCCAAUUCAUUAUGGAUGCUAUUUCAAAGCACUACGAAUCAGAAUAGACUUACUUUAAAAGUUUAAAACUUUGUUUUUUAAGGGACAACGACGAUAUACGAACGGGUGAGAUGGUUACUGCUCAUUUACAAUUAUUGUGGAUUUAUUUUAUAUAUUUCCGCUGUAAUAUUAGCGUUAUGUUUUACAGUGAUGGGUCUAUCGGUAUUUUAAAGUUAAAGUAGAUAAUCCUUGUUGCCCCUUAUUCAAAACUAGAGGUCUAAUUAUUUUCCAAAUUAGUUUUAUUCUUAUUUUUAGUAACAAUUAUGAAAUACCACCAAUAUCGUAAGCCGUGAUUCGACAGUACUUGAAAACAAGUCCUUAUUGAAUCGGGUUUUCAAUAGUGUAUUUUUAAGAUAUAAAAUGUAUCUAAGCUCAAUAUUAGUUCCUAGAAAAAAUAUUAUAUUUCAAUUUUAAUUA